AUGAUGUUGAGAAAUAAAAGGAGGAGAGAUAAAAAAGAAGAUGACGAAGACAAUGAUGAAGAAGACAAUGAUAAAGAAGAUGAAGAUGAUAAAGAUGAAGUUGAAGAAGAUAAAGAUGAAGAAGAUAAAGAUGACAAGGCUAUGGAUCCAGUUUCUGUUGUCAAUGUUAUCGACUUAUUCGUUGCUGUUGGGUUUGCUGCUGAAAAAAUUUGUAUUGGACUCGAAUAUUUAAAUAUUAACAUUUGA